AUGAGUGCAUCGACUCAGCCUCAGUCCCAACCCGGGGACUUGGAGGCCGUCCGCAAGUCUAUAAUCAACCUCCUAAAGCAGCCUGAGUACGACGAUGGCUCGGCGGGACCCGUAAUCGUGCGUUUGGCCUGGCACUCAGCAGGGACGUACGACGCCGAGACCGACACAGGAGGCUCCAACGGCGCCGGCAUGCGCUACGAGGCCGAGGGGGGCGACCCAGCAAACGCGGGCCUGCAGCACGCGCGCCUCUUCCUCGAGACUGUCAAGCGCCAGCACCCGUGGAUCACAUAUGCAGACCUCUGGACACUAGCAGGCGUAACGGCGAUCAAGGCCAUGGGCGGCCCGGACAUACCGUGGUACCCCGGACGCACCGACUAUGUCGACGACUCGAAGCUCCCGCCGCGAGGGAGGCUUCCCGACGGCGCCCUCGGGUCGGACCAUAUCAGGGCGAUAUUCUACCGCAUGGGGUUCAGCGACCAGGAGAUCGUCGCGCUGAGCGGCGCGCACAACCUGGGGCGGUGCCACGCCGCCAACUCGGGCUUCGAGGGCAAGUGGGUCAACAACCCGACCAGAUUCUCGAACCAGUACUUCCGGCUGCUGGUGAGCGAGGAGUGGAAGGAGAAGAAGCUCGAGUCCGGCAUCGUGCAGUUCGCCGCGGUCGACCCCAUCACCGAGGACGAGCUGAUGAUGCUGCCGACAGACAUGGCGCUCGUCAAGGACCCAGAGUUUCUGAAGUGGGUCAAGGUCUAUGCGAAGGAUAAGGAUGUCUUCUUCGAGGACUUCAAGAGCGCCUUCCUGAAGUUGAUGGAGCUUGGAAUCACAAGGGGAUGCCGAGGGGAGGGUCACGAAUUCGGACAACGAGAAGGGAGGGUAUCACAGCGCCCCAAAGAAGUCGGAGCAACUUGGGCGGCCGGAUGA